CCCACGCGGGGCCGAAGCCCGUCGAAUGACUCGGUGCAACGUGUUGGUGGCUGCUGCGCGGCGGCGCGGGUUCUUCCGGGCUCUGCUGCUUCCUGCCGAGCACCGCGCAGCCGCCUCGGCCGCGGGAGCCCCCGGCGCAGGCCUCCGGGGUGCAAGCCUCCAGGGCACAGACCUUCUGGCUGCGAGUCUCCCAGGCUCAGGCUUCCUGGAGGCAGACCUCCGCACCGUGCGCACAGCGCACCAUGAGCGCCUUGUCGCCACCGCUGCCGCUGCUGCCGCUGCUGCUCGCUCUCCUGGCCGCGCCCGCCGCCCUCGCUCACACAGCCGAGUCCGUCUCGGCCUCGCAGCGCGAAGCGGAGCACCAGCCUUCGCUUAGCCUGAAAAAUGUCACCCGGCUGGAAUCUGGCGUGGCGGGCGGGGGCGGCUCCAAUAGCAGCGGCCAAGCUGUGGUGACCCGAAUCUCCAGCUUGCUUCGCGACCUGCCCACCCUGAAGGCGGCAGUGAUCGUGGCGUGCGCCUUCAGCGCGCUGCUCAUCGCCUGCCUGCUGCUGCGAGUCUUCAGGAUGGGAAAGAGGUUGAAGAAGACCCGAAAGUAUGACAUCAUCACCACUCCUGCUGAGCGUGUGGAGAUGGCCCCACUGAACGAGGAGGACGAUGAGGACGAGGACGCCACGGUAUUUGACAUCAAGUAUAGGUAAAACUGUUUGGGCGUGUCCGCAUCCUUCCUGGGGGAAGCUGGUCGGCUGCAGACUGGGCACCAUCUCUCACCUGAGGUGUUGAAACCAAAACCAAUGUUAUUUAUGAAACUCUGGCUCCACUCUUGUGUGUCCAGCACCUGCUUGGAAUGUCGCCAUCAAACUUGUCCCCAGUCUCCAGAUGCAAGUCACCUCAGCCACCCUUGGAUACCCCUUGGAGAUGCUCUUUGCAUGCCUUCCUUGAGGGGUUUUCUACCUUCUUAAGAGGCGAAGAUGGGAACAUUGAUUUCAAAGAAUCUUUCUAGAACAACUGUACAAGGAGUAUCAAUAAUCUUAAAAAGCAGGGCUGGGGAGAUAGCUUAGCUAUAACCUGAUUACCUUGUAAGCAGGGGACAUGAGUUUUGUCUUUAGAGUUCACAUUUAAACAAGACAAAACUAGUAUGAUGUUCCACACCUCUAAUCAGCUCUGGGGAGAGAGGUGACCCUGGGUUGACUGCUCAGCCAGCCUAGCCUAAUGAGUGAGUUCCAUUGAAGACACCUGAUCACAGAAAUGGUGGAUGACUCCAGAGGAACAAUGGGCAACGUUCAUUUCUGACUCCAACACACAUUUACCAACACCACACACACACACAUACACACACACACACACACUUCAAAAGCCUGAAGGACCUUCAGAUGUACCUAGCAGAAUCCUGACAUCUUGCUCUCCCAAGUCUUUUCAUCAUCAUCAUCAGGUCUGGCUUUUUUUGGCUGUGUGAUAUUUCAGAGUGGGCAUACAAGUUCCCCACCAUCCCACACCCUACCCCACUCCACCCCACCCUUUCUAAGAGGUUCAGCAUAAAUAGGAAUGGCUACAACACAAACAUAUUUCAAAUUUUCAGGGAUCACCACAUGGGUGAGUGUGUGAAUGGGUGUGUACACUUGUUUCUCUUCUCAUGGGGAUGGAGAGUGCCAGGUAGCUUUUGGUGAUUUGUGUGUGUGUGUGUGUGUGUGUGUGUGUGUGUGCUGAAAAAAACGUUUCUCUGUCCCACCCUAUUUCUGUGUUGUCCAUCUUAGUGAUAUAAUACUAAGAAGAAAUCUUAGUGGUAAUUAAAACGAAUGGUAGUUUGGUUGGCUGAAAAAGGAAAAAGGGACACUGUCAGGGACUCUGUUGGAAGUCAGCACAGGCUAGGUUGGACUAGACUGGAGUGUGAGCCAUCCUGGGCCCAUUGCACCUCACCUGGGAGCUGGGUACCCAGGGAUGCCCAGAGGAAAUAGGCCCUGGACUAACUGCUCAGGUUAAUGGAGGCCUCCCACUUGGCCUUCUUGUAUAUUGCUGUGGCUGUUAUGCUGUGCAAAUCUAACAGCAGUGCCUUGGGGACCCUGGGAGUGUAGUAGUCUGGGAAGGUGGCUGUUGUUUUUGCCUUGUUUCCUUCCUAGUGUUUGUGUACUUGUCUGUUUGAUGCCCUUCUCUAUUGCUUUGGAUGAAAACCCCCACGUUGGCCAGCUCCGCCCUACUGCCAGACUCUCUAGUUCCUGACUGGGGUUGUGGCAGUGGGUGGAAAGGGCCACCCUGGCUCCAGAGCCUGGCUGGGCAUGGUUGCUGUGCAACCCUAACUCAUCGUGAGGUGUGCCAUUCUCCUGGGUUCCCGUUACCUCUGCUCCUCAGUUGACUUCUCUCAGCCUUCUGCUCUGUUGGCCAGAGGGGUGGGGCUGGAAUCAGAGCAGGUGGCUGUCUGCCCUCACCAUGUACUCAAGGACAGUGGUGACUCUAGGAAGCUGGCCACCUCCAAGCUGUGCACCCUGCCCUCUCAGCCUGUGGUUACCACCUCCCAUUCAGGGGUUCUAGAACUGCAGCUGUACCAUCUAGAAAAGCUGGAUUCUCCUGCCUUAUGUGUGAACACCACGGAUCCGGCUGCCAGUCUCUCAUCACUGACUGUGGCAAGAAUGGCAGGACAGUGACCUUCCAAAUCCUGAUGAAACUUCAGCACCACAGACACUUAAAUAAAGACCCUUAAAACAAACAAGAA